AGUUGAGAUUGAACCGUUGCGUUGAUCAGCACGAAGAACGGAUCACGGUUUUGUUGUGUUUCAUUCCAACCGACACAACCGACAACAGAAAGGAAGACAGAAAAAUAAUAAGAAUUGAAACGAAAAGAAAAAACUGAAAUUGUGUGUUGUUUUGCGAAUUGUGAUUUUUCUACAUUUCAAAACCGAAGAAUAAAAACGGACAGAAUUCUGGUUCGUGUAUUUGAGAAAAAAAAGAGUGUAUAGCUGCAUCAAGCGCAAGUUGCAACGGCAAGCAUCGACUUUUUGGUAUGUCCAAUGCAUUCAACAACAACAACAACAACAGCAGAAACAAAAAAAAACAUAAAACAACUAAAAUUCUGAUACAUUUCAUUGUUUGAUUGAAAUUGGUGUGCAUUUCAACGGUCGAUCGGGAUUUGUUCAGAGUGUGUUCGAUACACUGAUUUAACGAGAGUCUUGUGAAAGAGAUGUGUGGGCAUGACGGCUGCUAAUGUCAUUUGCUUUCCUUUUGAAAACUUAUAAUGCAGUUUUAUGUUAUUUAUCACUCUUGGUAUUCUUGUUGUCCAGUGCAGCAAACGUUGUAAAACGAAGCAUAGACGCUCUUCACAUUGCAUUGAGAAAAAAGAAGAAGAAGUAACAACCAUUGUGCACUUUAUCUAGCAAUUAACUAGGCCGCCACCGCCGCCGCCGUCGCUGCCAACGUGUUGUUGUUUUUAUUUACACGCGCUUUUUUGUCAUUAGAAACAAUUCGAGCAAAAGCAACGUUAGCUUUUGUUUAAAUGUGCGCGCGGUGUGUGUUUUAGUUUUUUUCGUGGUCUGUUUCGGUUGUUAUUGACAAUGGUGACUUCCGCAUGUGAGCGCCCUGAGUAAGAGACCGAAAUGCAUUGACACUGCGAUUCGGGAAAUUUAUUUUCGUCGUUUGUUUUUUAUUCGCUUUAUAUUGUUAGUUAGUCGUUUUGUGAAAAUAAUAAAUAACGUGUGAAGAAAAGAGUGUUUGUUGACCGAAUUACGAAAUUUGCACAUACUGCAACGAAAAAUUGGUAGAAAAAAAGAUUAAAAAAUUGCAGAAAAAAUCGUGCUAUUAAUAUCAGUUGGACAAAAGUUUUGCGAAAAAAAAGAAUUAUCGAAAAAGAGUUUGGAAAAGCGAGAAAGAAAGAAAGUAAAGAGAGAAGAAGAAAAAAACAAACCGAGAGCAAUUAGUGUUUGCAUUUUGGUUUAUUCCAUUGUAGAAUUGCCAGCAAAAGAAGUAAAAAAUAAAAUAAAAUAAAAGAAGAAAAAAAGUGCCAACAAAAACAUCAAAUUGGAUAAAUUCACUCGCCUGCUAAUUGGAUUAAGUUGCUGCAAACGUACACCUAAUUGGUAUACACAUAAAGACAGAGCGAGAGUGUGAGCAAGCGAGUGAGUGAAAAAAGAGUGUACGGACGCGAUCGAAAAAUACUCUCGGUUUGCUGCCCGAAUUUUUCAUGUGCUUCUGUGCUUCGAUUUGACCAGGCCAGCUCUUUGUUCGACCAUUGAUUGUGUCUUGCAUUUUACAGACCAACAAACAGAUUUUCCAUGGAAAUGCAUGAAUUUCGACUAUGAAUAGCUCAUCAUGUGAAAGAUGCUUCCGUGGAAUGUGUAAGAUGGGGAAGGUCGAUGAGCGUUGAAUAGAAUGGAAAUCCGAUGAAACAUUUUUAUGAAUGAAAGAGAAUCCGUUGAACUAAAUUGGUUUCAGUACAAAAUCAGAGCGUCGGUCGAAGGGAUCAAACAAACGGAUUUUUUUUUGCUGAAACAAACGUGAAAGAAAGUGCUGGGAGAGCACUACAGCUGAACGUGAGAAAUAAGAGACCCUGACAUUUAAAUAUUGAUACAAAGAUAUCGAAUCAAACACUCAAACAGUGUGGAGAACGGAAGAGAAGAAAAAAACAAAAAAAUGGAUCAAUCACCGAUUUUAGCUGGUGGUGAUGGUUUUGACGAUGAUCCACCACCAGAACCGCGUGAAGGAUGGCUCUUGGUUCGUGUACAUGUACCCGAAUUGAAUGUUUUCAAAUCGCUGCAAUUUCCAUCCGAUCGCCUCGUUUGGGAUGUUAAGCAACAGGUGUUGGCAUCAUUACCAAAGGUUGCAUUUUGGUUUCGGGAGCUGAAGGAGAGUUUCAACUAUGGCCUCUUUUGCCCACCAUCAAACGGCAAGGCCGGCAAAUUUCUUGAUGAAGAACGACGACUCGGUGAUUAUCCAUUUAACGGACCCGUUGGAUAUUUAGAGCUAAAAUACAAGCGUCGCGUCUACAAAAUGCUAAAUUUGGAUGAGAAACAAUUGAAGUCAUUGCAUACGCGAGCGAAUUUGCGUCGUUUCUUGGAAUGCAUCAAUGGUGGUCAUGUGGAGAAAAUCGCAAAAAUGUGUAAUAAGGGUUUGGAUCCGAAUUUUCAUUGUACGGAAUCGGGCGAUACACCACUGACGUUAGCGACCUGUGCGAAAAAACCAAACAAAUUGCUGAUUGCAUUAGUCAAUGGUGGCGCAUUGCUUGACUAUCGAACAAAAGACGGUGCAACAGCUUUGCACAAAGCCGUCGAGACUGAUUGUCUCGAAGCAGUCACUACGUUAUUGGAAUUAGGCGCGUCACCAAAUUAUCGAGAUGCACGUGGCUUGACACCGCUUUACUUAUCAGUCAUCAAAAAGACGGACACGAAAAUAUGUGAAAGCUUGUUACAUGAUCAUGCAACGCUUGGCACACAAGAUUCGCAGGGCUGGCAAGAGGUGCAUCAGGCUUGCCGACAUGGUCUUGUUCAUCACUUGGAACACUUGCUGUUCUACGGUGCUGAUAUGGAUGGUCGUAAUGCUUCCGGUAACACUUCACUGCAUGUAUGUGCCGUUAACAACCAAGAAGCUUGCGCUAGAAUGUUACUAUUUCGUGGUGCCGAUCGUGCAGCACUCAAUUACGCCAAUCAAACACCUUAUCAGGUCGCAGUCAUAGCUGGCAAUUUAGAAUUAGCUGAAAUGAUCCAGAACUAUAAACCAGAGGAUAUUGUACCAUUCCGAGGUCCGCCUAGAUACAAUCCACGUCGUCGAUCUGGUAUCGGAUGGGCAGCGACAUUACGUUCGGGCGGUCCACCGUCGCCAUGUCCAUCUGAGCAUCCAUUCAGUUCAGCGAGUUCCAGCCUGUCGGAAGGUUCAACAAGCAAUCGUAGCCAUGAGGAUGACAUCAGUAUUGUAACAGAUAAAAGUAUUGGCGAUACAAGCGAUAUUAUAAGCGAUUCAUCGGGCGUCGGGACCAAUUCGGAUAGUGCCGUUUGCUCAAUAGGCCAUCCAAGUACAACAGUUGUUUGCAUUGAACCGUACUCCAGCUCAACCAUUGGUCAUCUAUCGAUUCAAACUGGCGAAGUCAUUGAAGUGCUAGGCUCGACCGAUUGCGGAUUGCUGGAGGGAUAUGUUCGUGGUACGAACCGAUCGGGUUUCUUCCCCGUUGAUAUCGUGCAGGAGGUGAAUAUACGACAGAAAAACGUCACUAACGUUUCCACCGAACAGAGAAGCACCUUUCAGAAACCACAACCACCGCCACAGCAACAACAGCAAAAUCAAAUGGAGAGCUUUUGCCAGCAACAGCAGUCACCAAAUCAACAACAGAGCAUCUAUCAAAGAAACACCAUCAUUGGUUCGGAUUCAAUUGAACAGCCGUUGCCGGAUGAAUUUAUUGGUAAUGGACAACCAUACAGCAGUGCAACUGCACCGCGUCAGAAAAAACUUGGAAUAAUGGAAGCGAAAACCGUUGUUCUUCAUCGUGCCAAACGGGGAUUCGGUUUUGUAUUGCGUGGUGCUAAAGCGGCAUCACCACUUAUGCAGCUUAAACCGACUGACCGAUGCCCUGGGCUACAGUAUUUGGAUGAUGUGGAUCCAGGUGGUGUUGCCGAUAUGGCCGGUCUGAGCCCUGGCGAUUUUCUGUUAGCUAUAAAUGGCGAAGAUGUCCGAUGUGCAUCUCACGAGCAUGUUGUUGAUUUGAUUCGUUCAUCUGGUUCACUUGUCACAAUGACCGUUGUUUCGCAAGUGUUCCCCAACAACUUUCAACAGCAGCAACAGCAACAGCAACAUUUCUCGUCAGCGAUGAAUGCAAGACAGUGCGCAACAUUGCCAAGAAAGAUGACACUUGGUGGCAAACUACCAGCACCAAUGCCACCGCGUCGUGAUCCAAAAACCACACUUAGUGUUGGCCGAGCACGAGCCAAAUCAAUGGUUGCUGGACUCGAAGGAGAUGACGAUGAAUUGCCAACGACACUAAAAUCCAGUUCCGUUGAGUCAGUCCAUCAACAGUCGCUGUCAUCGGCUUCGACACCAACUCAAGGUGGCCCUGGCACACCAGUGCAAUUGCGUACCGCUAGCAUCAAGUCUCGUCCCACAUCCAGUCGAAUCACGGCAGCAGAAUUAGUCGAACUGUUCCAACGACAGACUGGUGGAAUUGGCGAGAAUCGUUACUCAACGAUGAUGUGUAGUUCGCGCUUCCAGUCGAACAAUGAUACGCCACCGUCAUCACCGCAAAAAGGACCAAUUGUGUAUGCGAGCGUUGCUGAAAUGAAGCGAAAGAAAAACAAAAUGGGAACACUAAAAAUGGGCAAACCAUGCGCAACACCGUGCAUCGAAACCGAUUUGAAGCGUUUCCAUAGUACGCCCGAUCUGGCGACCGGUAUAAGUCAAUCGAAUGCAUCGAUAUUCGCACAGGCAAACGGCUUCAAAGGGCAUCGAUCGCAAGACGAUAUGUAUUCGUUGCAUUCGUCGAUGCAACGCUUAAAUCUACCACCUCCGAAUCAUCCACCGCCACCGCCGCCAAUCGGUCAAGUCGUUAAAGUGGACGUGUCUCGCAAAUCUGAAUACGAAAGUACGGUUCAAUUGCAAAAGCAAUUGCAAGCGAAAGCCAUUAACAGCAAUUCGGCCGAUGUAUUUGGCAGUGAGAUUCGUUCCAGUUUCAAACCCGCCACCAAUGCCAAACUGUAUGCAUGCCCACAAACACUGCGAAAUGUCGCUUAUAGAACGGCCAACGAAAUUGCAGCAGCAACAAACGAACAAAAUUGCCAGACUGUGGCGAAUCAGGUACAACGACCAACGGCAAAUCAAUAUGCGCAACCAAUUCGAGCGGGCACAUUGCCACAUCCAGUGCAUCAGCGAGCAUCGUUACCACAGUUGAUAAUGCCGCAAAUUCCAGAUCCAGAUUAUAGCUUGAGCGAAUCGGACGGUGAAGACGAGAAUUCCGUUUUGGUGGCACACAACACCAAAAUGAACGAACGAAUUGCCAUACCGGCCGAAACCAGUGGCAACAGCAAUGCAAGUGGAAGUAGUUCAGGAUCGGGUGGUUCGAUUCCACAUUCGUUUUCAGUGGAUGAGAUUCAAAAGAUGCGUGUCAAAUUGAAGUCAUCAAAAUCGUAUCCAAACGAGUUGGUGUUGAAUCAGCAAAAUACUGACCGAAACGACAAUGAUAAAAUGCCCUCGACGAAAAUGUUGUCAAAAGAUACGUUGUCGGCAAAUCAUGAUGAAUGCGAUAAUUCAUCGUCGGGUGUGUCAUCCGAUCAAGAAGUCACCGCUUCCAAUGUGAAAACCGUUGUCAAAACAACGACGGCACCAAUCAAUUCCAAUAAGAUCAUAAGCACAAAUCCGAUAACAGAGAAUAAACAUGGCAUUUUGAAAAAUCAUCAUGUGACUAAUAAAAAUGUUGUCACAAAUGCACCACAUCAACCACCACCACCACCAUCCAAUGCAAACAAUGCAUCAACAAUGGCAAUAACCACCAACACCACGACAAACGUUAAAAUUGUCGAAUCGAUCAAUAAAAAAGCGAUAAAUUUACCACCGCUGAGUAAUGUCACAAAGAAAAUAUCGGCCGCGGUAUCGGAAACAGCGCAAAAUGCAAACAAUGAUGAUUUCGAUGAUUUUGACGAUAUUCCAGCUAAAGGAUUCCAAAGACAGGUGUCGUUAACACGCAAACAGGCCGCAAACAUUGCCAUGAAUCGACAAAUCUAUACCAGAAGCGCCGUUUCACUUGCACAGCUACCACCGCCCCUCGAAGGUGACAGCGACGAUCCCGAUCACCAACAACAAUCCGAAUGCCGCAAAAAUAACCUGAAGAAUGCUCGUAAUAUCGUAGGAACACGUGUAGUAAAUGCAUCGGCAUGCAAUAAGAAUAACAACGAUGAAUCAUCGCCAUCGUCACAGGAUAUUGUAUUGGCACCGCCGCCCGAAUUUUCCGAUUCGGUGUGCACGAAUGCGAAGUGUUUAUCAACCAAUAAUCCGGGGCAAGCAGCAAAUAUGACUGGACGCAGCGUUCGAAUAGUGGGCGCUGUGCCAAAAUUAAGCCGAUUACAAAGUCACUAGAAUUUCAUUUAAGAGUUAAGAGAGAGAAUAAAAAAACACAUACACACAGAAAUUAAAUAAAAAUAAAGCGCUAUAAGUAGCACGUAAAAUUUACAUUAUUUUUAUAGAAUUAAACAAAAGAAAAAGAAGGAGAAAAAACAGAACCCAUUUUUUGCUUCAUUCAUUUUUAUUGUGCAUGGCAUACGAAAAAAAAUACAUUCAUAAAUACACAAACACAUACAAUUUUCCUAUUGAGAAUCGAACGAAGUAUUCAAAGCUCAUGAUUUUAAUAUGUACGAUUUAAUUUUACGUUCUUCUAAACAACAACAACAAAAAAUGAAUUAAAAAAAAAUAUUUAUUGGAGAUUGUUCCGCAUUAAAAUAUGAGAAAUUAUGAAAGAGAAUAAAAAAAAUUCGCUCUUUUAGUAACCAUGCAACAUAUUUGAAAAUUUAAAAAAAACACACACUCACGAUAAAUAUGGAAUAAAGUGAAUAAACAAAAUGUAAUGUUAGAUGUUCAUUUAGCCCGAUCAGAUCAAAAAUAAAUUUAAAGAAAAAAAAACACACACACAAAAGAUGAAACUAUUCGAAAAAUGAUUAAAUGUAUAACAUACUAAAUAUUUAUAUGCAUAUAUUGUAUACUUUUCAUUCAGAAAAAAAAAUGGAUUCAAAUAAAUAUUGUUCACACACUGAAAACGUAGACAAAA